AUGCGUCUCUCCGUGCUUGUGGGGCUCUUCAUCAGCUGCGCCCUGCUUCUCACACCUGUAACGGAGGGCUGUGGUCCGGGGAGGGGAUACGGAAAGAGACGUCCGCCAAAGAAGCUCACACCCCUCUCUUAUAAGCAGUUCAGCCCAAACGUUGCGGAGAAAACACUGGGCGCCAGUGGCAGACACGAAGGGAAAAUAACGAGAAAUUCAGAACGCUUCAAAGAGCUUAUACCCAACUAUAACCCUGAUAUCAUAUUUAAAGAUGAGGAGAAUACGGCUGCCGAUCGACUCAUGACCCAGCGUUGUAAAGACAAGCUGAACUCCCUGGCCAUCUCUGUGAUGAACAUGUGGCCUGGGGUGAAGCUGAGAGUGACAGAGGGCUGGGACGAGGACGGACACCACUCAGAGGACUCCCUCCAUUAUGAGGGACGGGCGGUGGACAUCACCACCUCAGACCGGGACAGGAACAAGUACUCCAUGCUGGCUCGCCUGGCCGUGGAGGCAGGCUUCGACUGGGUCUACUAUGAAUCCAAAGCACACGUGCACUGCAGUGUCAAGUCAGAGCACUCAGUAGCAGCUAAGACCGGGGGUUGUUUCCCGGGUCGUUCUCUGGUGACUCUGGAGGACGGGAGCAGCAGGGCGGUGCAGGACCUCCAGCCAGGCGACCGGGUCCUGGCCUCCUCAGGGGUUGACGGCAGCGGGAACGGAGGACACCUCGUGUACAGUGAGUUCUUCACAUUCCUGGACCACGAGCCUGCAGCGAGGAAACAGUUCUACGUGUUGGGAACAGAGACGGGAGCAAACCUGACCCUCACCGCGGCUCAUCUUGUGUUCGUGACCGAGGGUAACUGUUCGGUGGGCGAUUCGGCCAAGGGUGCUGUCAUGCGGACUAUGUACGCCAGCGACGUACGGCCAGGACAGUGUGUGCUGACUGCAGGGGGAAACCAGGGACCACAGGGAAACCUCUCCCCAGUCAUCUGGGUCCACAUCCAGGUGGACACCGGGGCCUUCGCCCCCCUGACACGCCAUGGCUCACUGGUGGUGGAUGGCGUCCUAGCUUCGUGUUACGCUGCUAUGGACCAGCACCACCUAGCCCACUGGGCCUUUGGUCCCCUUCGUCUGCUGUACAGCUGGACCAGCUGGACCGGGACUGGUGCCUCUCUGGGAGAUGGACUACACUGGUACUCACAAGUCCUGCAUUGGAUAGGAACGUUCCUACUGGACCCUGGACACUUCCACCCCUGGGGGAUGGUCACGCAUGACUCAGAGAGAUAA